CAGCGUGAGUGCAUCUCAGUCCAUGUUGGUCAAGCUGGUGUGCAGAUCGGCAAUGCAUGCUGGGAGCUCUACUGCCUGGAGCAUGGCAUCCAGCCCAAUGGUACCAUGCCAAGCGAUAAAACCAUCGGUGGAGGUGAUGAUUCCUUUAACACAUUCUUCAGUGAGACCAGUGCAGGAAAACAUGUACCUCGAGCUGUGUUUGUGGACCUUGAACCAGCAGUAAUAGAUGAAGUUAGGAAUGGGACAUACAAGCAACUCUUUCAUCCUGAACAACUGAUAUCUGGUAAAGAAGAUGCUGCAAAUAACUAUGCUCGAGGUCAUUACACAGUUGGGAAGGAGAUAAUUGAUCUAGUUCUAGAGCGUAUCAGGAAACUGUCGGAUCAAUGCACUGGCUUGCAGGGUUUCCUGAUUUUCCACAGCUUUGGGGGAGGCACUGGCUCAGGUUUUACUUCUCUGCUGAUGGAGCGCCUGUCAGUUGACUAUGGGAAAAAAUCAAAAUUGGAAUUUGCCAUCUACCCUGCACCACAGGUCUCAACAGCUGUUGUUGAGCCAUACAACUCCAUCCUGACUACCCACACCACUCUGGAGCAUUCCGACUGUGCCUUUAUGGUGGACAAUGAGGCCAUCUAUGACAUUUGCCGUAGGAAUCUGGACAUUGAACGCCCAACCUACACCAAUCUCAAUCGCCUUAUUGGUCAGAUAGUCUCUUCUAUUACUGCUUCCCUCAGAUUUGAUGGUGCCUUAAAUGUGGAUCUUACUGAAUUUCAAACUAACUUGGUGCCUUACCCACGUAUCCACUUCCCGUUGGUAACAUAUUCCCCAAUUAUUUCAGCAGAGAAAGCCUAUCAUGAGCAACUCUCUGUGUCUGAGAUAACCAAUGCUUGCUUUGAGCCAUCCAAUCAGAUGGUGAAGUGUGACCCUCGCCAUGGCAAGUACAUGGCCUGUUGUAUGCUGUAUCGUGGGGAUGUUGUCCCCAAGGAUGUCAAUGCUGCUAUUGCUGCUAUCAAAACUAAGCGCACAAUCCAGUUUGUGGACUGGUGCCCUACUGGUUUUAAGGUUGGCAUCAAUUACCAGCCACCGACAGUGGUUCCUGGUGGUGACCUAGCCAAAGUCCAGCGGGCGGUGUGCAUGCUGAGCAACACUACAGCCAUUGCUGAGGCAUGGGCUCGUCUAGACCACAAGUUUGAUCUGAUGUAUGCCAAACGUGCCUUUGUUCACUGGUAUGUUGGAGAAGGGAUGGAGGAGGGGGAGUUCUCAGAGGCUCGGGAAGAUUUGGCUGCACUUGAGAAAGAUUAUGAAGAAGUGGGCACAGACUCGAUGGAUGGAGAAGAUGAAGGUGAAGAAUAUUAAAGACAACAAAAGUGAAUUGCAAGUCUUUGCCAUUUUACUGCCUCUUCAGUAACGGUGUAAAUCAUGUUAAAUAAUCGGAAUAAACUUCUUUGAGACAU